CGACGGUCUACAUACUCUCCCCAGCCACGAGCGAUCCACGUACGGAUAAGCCUGAUUAUAAGGAUGGGCUCUUCAGUCCCGAGCCCCCGACCUGCCACAUUUCCGUACUGCCGUUGCUGGGACUCCCCAUGCGUCAGGCAUGGCGAAGAUCAUCGACAGUAAUGGCGCUGACAAAGCGAAGAUGGCGACGUUGUUUAGCAAGGAUCGCUCGAAUCAUACUGAGAGGCACACGGAUGGGAUGCGACAGCAAAACAAGUACCAGUCGCUUCUGCGCGAGGCGCAGGCUCAGCCAGGGUGCUCCCAGUGCGACGCGCUCCGUAAAGAGUGCACUGACCUCCAGGCCCGUUGCGUGCGGCUGGAGUGGCAACUUGCCGCCGCAGUGACAGUUGUCGACAACGGCGGCACAGACGCGGAGGGUCGCCAGGAGUCGCCGAGUACUCCAAUUUCCGACCGCCCUCGCCGAAAGGCCGCCAGGGCUGCGGCACGCGCCGCCGCCGCCGCCGUCAACAUCGCCGCGGCCAAAGAAGCUGAUACUACGAUCAAUGACGCUGCGGGGGCCCUUAGACCCGCCUUGACAGAGUCGGGCAGCUCUGCUCCCGCAAUUUCCUCGUUCUGUAUGCGGGCACUGGAUCCCAGCCUCCCCCAGGAUGGCCGCGAGGCUGUCUUCGGCGGCGGACCGGGAGCUGCGAUGCCGUCGGCCGCUCCGGUGCAGCACGAGCAGGAAGUUGCGAUGUUGACCGAGAGAAGCUGUCUGCACCUGCGCUGGAUUCGGACCGUAUCGCCAGGGCUCCUGGUGGUGGCGAUGCUCCUGUACGGGAUCUGGCUUCUCCUGACAGUGACGGUGCAACUCCCGCUACUGGCUAAGCAGGCAUCAGAUAUGGUUCCGGUCAAAACCUCCUCACGUCCCGGUGGCGCUGAUGCCUGGGCGAACCAGCUGCCGGCAGAGACCCGCUUCUAG